AAGCCGCAGUGGCUUGCGAACGCCACCAGUCUUGCUUCAGGGGUCACGCUAUGAUGAAUGCCCUUAACGUGUUGCUCCUGUGCCUAACGGCCGUGUAUGCGGUGCCGGUGCACUACCCCGUUGAAAAAACGGUGAUUUACAACUACUAUGCCUACGUGAAAGCCGGGCUUAUCGAGCCGGCACAAUACAACUCGCAAUUCGCUCUCAGCGGACAGCUUCACGUAAAGAAGGACGUCAGCGACCCGACUUUGAAUCAUGCCUACUACGUCAAAUUUCAAGACGUGAAAUACGGCAUGCACAAUGGGGUCGUGCGUCAUCAACCGGUCGAGAUGGUUCGCGAGCUCGGGGAAGCCGCGCAACAGAUCCAAGAGCCGUUCUUGAUCGUCUACGACGAGACCGGCAAGUUCGUGGGCAUCAAAGUGUCGGAAACCGAGAGCGGUUGGUCGCGGAACAUCAAGCAGGGUAUCGCCUCGAUGAUGCAGCUAGACCUGUCCCACCUGCCGACCCCGAUAAAGUCGUCGCACGCUUUCGUCAAGACUGAGAACACCAUCCAUGGCACCUGCCACGUCGCCUACAACGUUCAGCCGAAAGUCCCGGAGCGGUCGGAGACCAGCAACGUCUUCGUCGUCACGAAGCUGCACGAUGUCAAGAACUGUAGCCACUUCGUCCAGCGCGUCUUCGAUCUCACCGAUUGCGAGAAAUGUCACGUGGAGUCGGUGGACGACAUGACCACCUCCGCCAAAAGAGUCUUCGAGAUCGAAUCACAUGAGAAUGGAAUUUUCAUCAGGAACAUGGUCGCCCACUCGGUCAUCAGUUACUUCCCCUACAACGCUCGAUCUGAAGCUCACUAUCUCAUGACCAACACUACCUUGAGCUUGGACAACGUAGUGCCGUCGACCGAGAUCCAUUUGCCAGUCGUGAACUUCCAGAACGUGCCUCUGGUGCGCGACAUCACCUUCAACAAGCCCGUGGGAAAUUACGCUAUCCAUGCCGCGGAGGAUCUCACUCACGGCCGGCACAUCGUCAAAUUGGACGUGCUCAUCCCGAAACUCAAGAAGAUAUUGGCCGAAGCUGCCGAUUACCUCGACGAGAACCACUUGGAGGCCAAAGAGCCCGACUGGAAGCAUGGGCAAACUAUCAACCGACUGCAGCACACCAUGAGCUACAUGGAUCUGGGUUCGUUGGAGCAGGUCUUCAACGCCAUUCAAGACCCGAAGACACCUAAGGAAAUCACGAUGAAGAACAUCUUCUUGCAAAUGAUCCCGACUGUGGGCACCACCGCCGCCUGCCACUUCACGCGAAACGUCGUCCGCAAGCACAAGGUGACCGAUAAUACCGCCAUGGCGAUGCUGACGAAACUGCCGAUGCACGUUAAGGUGCCGUCCGAGAGACUGCUCUUGGAGAUGGAAGACCUGCUGAAAUUGGGCAACGUCGUGUCGCCGCAAGUCCACAAGGCCAGCAUCCUCUGCUUCUCCACCUUGAUUUAUAAAACGUUCGUGCACCAAUCCAACGAAACUGUCAACCCUCUGCUCAACAGAUAUCUUCAUCGUUUCUUCGACCAUGUCAAGAACGACCAGUCGUACGAUAUGAAGAUAGUCUAUCUAAUGGCGAUCAAGAACGUCCAAGUGGGCAACAUCGAGAAGCUCUUGGAGCCAAUCAUCAAGGGCGAGAUUAUGGUGUCCGAACACCCGCAUCACAUUCGUGUACAGGCCAUCUGGGCCAUCAAGAAGGCCGUCGCCAACAAGGUCGAGUACACCCACAUUCUGCUGUGGCCUAUCCUUGCUGAUACCACCCAAGCGCUCUCCAUCAGGAUCACGGCCUAUGACGUUUUGAUGAGCCAGCUGCCGAACACGCAACGACUGAUGAACAUCUACUGGCUCAUGGUCUACGAACAGAACAAUCAUCUGUACAACUACCACCUCACCACGCUGAAGGGUCUCGCCAAUUCCGUGGACCCUUGUCUCAGGCCGAUUCGCGAAAUGGCCAGGAAGUUCAUACGUUAUACGAGAAUCAGGCCGAUUACCACCCAACUGUCGUCCAAGCAUUUCUACGAUUAUGUCGACCCUGUAUAUGAACACGGCGUAUCUUGGAAUAACGCGUUGAUCUUGGAAGAGUUGACUGGAUUGCCGCACGCCGGAUAUGUCGAACUUUACACAUCGAUCGCUCGCAGACCCACCGACAAGAUUGGCAUUUACUGGAGCGUCUACGGCAUGGACGAGAUCAUGAAGAUCGUGAAGAAAGAGCUGAUGGGCACGAAAAUCGAGCAUCUCUCCAACAAGAACGUACAGAAUAUCCUGAGCCGCGCCGCGCAUGACAUGCCGACUAAGAAAAACAUCCACGUCGACAUCUGCAUCACCCAGCACGGUCGUGUGGUCUUCGCCGAGCACUACGACCACACUCAAAUCAACAAGAUGACCCAGGAACUGUAUCGCGUCGUGACUCAUUCUGUCGGCAACUUCCAAGACAUCACGUAUCACUACUUCUACGAGAUGCAAGUACCCACCGAUAUGGGUCUGCAGGCGGUCCUCAGCACCAAGAUACCGCUCCUGAUGUCGUUGAGGUUGAACAACGUUCGCAUCGACGGCCCGUCCGUGAACACGAAGAUCGAGGUCGACACGCGCAAGUGGACACACGGCGAGUACGCCAUGUCGGUCUACAACCCGAUCGUCGACGUUUGGCACUCGAUACGCAGAGCCACGACCGAGGACGUUGCGUUACCGGUGGAGAUGUACCUCGGUUACAACCAUGAGGCCAAGAGUGUCAAGAUCAGCAUGCCGAGAUUACCGGCCACCAAGCUGUCCCACAGCGGAAUGCGAUUCCACGCCAAGAACCUAGUGACUAUCACCGACGACGAGCAAGACGUGCUCAAGGAAUGCUGCACCACCUGCCAGCAUCACACGGUCGUCACCACCGGUGAAAAGAAGAACUACAUCUCCGCCGUGGACUCCAAGGACUUCGGUCUCAGGUACAGCACAUCGAUCUUCGACUGCGACAGCAAGGUCACGCCGGUCACCGACACCGAAGAAUGGUGGCGCGCGCUUUCUCCGGAGAACAAGAACACCUGGGGCUCGAAAAUAUGGCAAUAUUUCAUGGGCCUCAACCAGAAACUGGUCUACGACUACAUCUCGCCGGAAAUGGGAAGCUGCGGACGUAUGAUAAAGAUGGAGCCCAGCAUCAUCUAUCCUACAUCGCAUGUCGACCUGAACGUACGAGUCAACAUGGAAGACCUCGAUCGCGUUCACGAGAAGAUGCACGUUCUUAACGGGAACAAGAUCAACAUUCGCGGCACCCUCGAUGCUAAAGCGGCUUCCACGAACGAGUCCGUACGCUCAUGGGACGUGAACGUGAAUGUCGACCUGUCUCAAGGACACAUGUCCAACAAUGUCAAGGUUCAAUUGACGCGAAUAACGCCGGGGGAGAAGAAGCUCAAGAUCUGCUUAGACGCCCAGAAGAAUUAUUCGGAGACGGAAGUCUACCACCCGAAAAACACGAACAGCAAGGUGGAGACCAACUCGAAAAUGACCAUCACCGCAGGUUACACGGAUGAAGACAAAUGCGUCCGCGACGAGAUGCUGAUCACCUUGGCGGUGAAAGGCGAGAUGACGGAGGAACAGAAGAGCCAAAUGGCGCGCGACACUGUGCACGGAGAUUGCAUCAAGGACAUAGCGAACCCACACUUCGUAGAGAAGGAAAAUCACAUUCCCAAGACUCCCGACUGCAUCCGUGAGACCGUGCUGUACACAACCAUGAGGAAGUAUACCGUCAACGUAUCCUACAAGAAGUUGCCUGUGUACCUGUACACGCAUCUCGCCAGGAUCGACGAUUAUAUCCGCGCUAUGUACUUGUCGCACGUGAAAUACCUUACCGAACGCGUCGAAAGCGGCAACGCGAAGUUCAUGAUCGAGCUCCCCUCCGACCUGAAGCACAUCAAUGUAACCGUCAUCACUCCGGUCAAGGGAUACGAAUACCUUGAAAUUCCCACGCAUCAACGCCUCUUCGAAGGCAUGGUCAUGGGAAAAACGACGCCGCAUUCAGGAUGGCACACCGUCAUGGACAACACCCACUUCUCCACGGGCGUUUUGGACAAAAUAACGCAGGGAAAUUCCAAGAUCUGUACCGUCUACCCGCAGGUCUUGAUCACCUUGGACAGCGGAGUGAUUCCAUUCACAGUGCCCGAGCAAUGGACCCUCGUGUCCGGCGAUCACGUCGACCAGACGUACGCUAUCUUCGCGAAGGCCGUGCAAGGUAACAUGAUCGCCGUGAAGAUCUACAUCGCCGGCCACGAGAUGGAGAUCACGCCGACCGGUCCUAAUCACAUUGUUACCGUCGACGGAAACGUGAUCGACCAGCACGAGAAGGGGGUGAUGGUGCCCGAGGACGAGCCGAAAUCUUACGCGUUCAAGGUCACCAUGCACAACGAGCACCUCGUAGUCCAGUCGCAAUGCGUGCCAGUGAUGGUACUGUGGACCCCCAACAGCGUAAGCGUGAUGGUGGAGACCGUGUUGCAGGGUCGCGUGACCGGCGUGUGCGGACACAUGGACGACACACACAAAGAGAGGAUGCCCAAGAUCUACACCGCACAUCUUUAAAUUCUAACGUUAUUUGAAUCCACACGGGGGCCUUCGUUCCUCCCGUUUAGAGCCAAGUCCAACGAAUGCCACUACUUUUCUAGACUUGCCGACGUAACUCUCACCUUUGUCAGAUGAUUCGAAACGCAGCCAAAUGGCGAUGUCGAAGAAGCAGAAAGAGAAACUUACGCACAAUAAACCUUUAUUUUUCAAGUUA